UCCUUACUAGUGGAUAAUAGAAAACCGCCCCUUCAGGCUUCAGCAGCAUAAUCUAGUCUGCCAUAUUAGGGUUUAUUGUCUUACAAUCAAAUUGGGCAUUUUCUCGUCCUGUACCUCUGUCAAUUUUUGUUGGAAUCUAGCGAUGAAAAGCAGGAAUUGGAGAGACGAUGGAUCGCAUAACCGAGAAGGAAGAGUUCCUGAAGUCAGCAACAACAAGAAGAAGAAAAUGAAGAACAUGCAGAGAUUGGGCGGCGCAGGUCUUUCUCUUGAAGCUUUUGCCAAUGCUAAAUCCAGGAACAACGCCUACAAUCCUGCUUUAUUAAAGAAGAAGAGGGAGUUUUACAAGAAUGCUAAACACGUAAACAAGUACAAAAAAUUGUUGAAACAACAAAGUCAGCCAAAUGAUCAAGAUUCAGUUGAACCUGCUGAGAUAAGCAAGGAAAACAAGAAAAACAGAAAGGGAUCAUACAGUUUGCAAGACUUGUAUGUGAAGAAACAUGAAGAACAAGAGAAAGCAAGGAUGGAAAGAGAAGCCAAUUACAAAGCAAAGAAGGAAGAAAAAGAAAGAGCUGAAUCUCGCAGAAAGGAUUUACGUGAAAAGAUGUUCAAAAGGACACGUAGAGGUCAGCCUGUCAUGAAAUACAGAAUUGAGCACCUACUGGAGACCAUACAGGGUUUAGCAUCAUAGUAUUCUGCUUUCUGAUCGGCUGAUAUGAUUUUAUUUUUAAUUCUUCUCUGUAACAUCAUCACAAGAGAUGGAGCUGAGUUGAUCUUAGAUUCUCUUUUUCAGUUCGAUAACGAGUCCCUGAUCAUGUAAAAGUGUGCUCCUGGUACAUAGCAAAUUACAGAUUUGGAACAAGUUAAUUUGUAAUAACCUUGCUAAAUACUCUCUCCGCUUUUUUUUAUAUUUGCUAUAUUGUUGCUUUCGGAAUGAAGUCACUAGCUUUGACAGAUUA